ACAACAAAGUUGUUGACAUUUCGCACGAUUGCUGUUAUUUUACCUGUUAUCUCUCAAAAUGCCGGCUGCAGUUAGCGAAUAUGAACGAAUUCGACUUAAGAACAUUGAGGACAACAAAAGGAUACUGGCAGAGCUUGGAUUGAUGAAUCCUUUUGGUCCUUUGCCAAAAAUUAUCAAGAAAACUGUCAAGAGAUCCAGGCCGUCGUCUGCUACGCCCCCCGCUGCAAAGAAACGUCGGGUAGAUGAGGAGGACGCAAAUAAAAGUUAUGGCUCAGUACAUGGUUCAAGACGAAAAUCGGCAAGAUUUCAAGGAAAGGAGCCCAAGUCGCCAUCUGAGAUGAAAGAUGAUAUUGAAAAUGAAGAAGAAGAUGAAGACUAUAAGCCAAGACUGCGAGUUCCUGCUGGCAGGGAGAAUGUCUUCGGUGCAAUACUAGGAAUUGAGAUUGGUACCACUUGGGAAAUGAGGCUGGAGUGUUGUGUUGCUGGUGUCCAUCGUCCAACGGUGUCGGGCAUCCAUGGCGGUCCGGAUGGGGCCUACUCCAUUGCCCUGAGUGGUGGCUAUGAGGACGACAUCGACAUGGGAGAAUUCUUCACCUACACUGGGCAAGGCGGCCGUGACUUAAGGGGAACUAGUGCUAAACCAAAGAAUUUGCGCACCGCCCCGCAGUCCAAAGAUCAGGUGUUGGCCCAUGGCAACUUGGCGCUGAGCAAAAAUGUAGAUAACGGCCACCCUGUUCGCGUGAUUCGAGGAUACAAAUCACGGAGUCGGUAUGCUCCUGAUUGGGGCUAUCGAUACGAUGGCUUGUACAGUGUUGAAAAGGCGUGGUUCACUACUGGGUUGUCGGGCUUUGGCGUGUGGAAGUUUGCCCUGCGGAGGCUCAAGGACCAGGCACCACCACCAUGGGAGUAUGAUGAGAAGACUAAAGAAGAGAUGUGCAGCCAGGACUCUGGUGUUGUGUCUGACAAGAGUGAUGCCGGGUCUGAAACCCCUGAUCCACCAUCCCAGGAAUCUGAAAAGAUACUGGCACAGGAUGGCGAUGAUGCGGCGUCUGUGACAUCCAAUGGAUCAGAUAAGGAGACAGGAACGACAAAGGCACAGGAGCAUGAUGGGGAGACUGACGAUACCAGUAAGCAGUGUGAGAAUCAAUUGGAAAAUGAAGACGAGGUUGAAGACCAGAAAAGCAUGCUACCAGAUGAUGGUAAACAGAGUAAUGAUGAGAAAAAUGCAGCUACCGAAGAUGAUGAUUCUGAAUCCAAAGAAAAGUCAUCCGAGGACGAAGUCCCAAUGGAUGAAUCAAAUUCAAAUGCUGAGGAACGUGAAACAGAAGAUGACGUGGCAAAGGAUUCAAAAAUAGAGGAAAUCGAGUUGAAUAAUAACGAGGGCAAAGUAAAAGAUCUCAAUUCUUUCGAGAAGUCGGCUGUGGACGGAACUGCAGAGUAGUAUAAUCAAUGCGACUGACUAUUAUUUUAUACGAAAUCACGGAAUCGUUGAUUGCUUCGACUUUGAUGAUGACAAACUGAAGCAUUUUGAUAGUUGCCAUAUCAAUGGAAAAGUGUUUUACAGACUUUUUUCUAAACAAGCGUGAUAACACGAUUAUUUGCUGCAAUGUUGAGUUGGUUUAUGAUUCUCGUUAAAAUUAACUGAACAGUUACAUGUAGAAAUCAACAUACUGACAUUUCCAAUAUUGUUGAAGUGCCACUGGUCAGGAGAACUUGUGGUGCACUGGCGGAAGUUUUUGUCGUAGAACUUUUAUGACAGAGGAUAAUCAUCAUAGAAUGAUGUAAAAAUACGGCAGUUUGUGAUGAUAAUCAUAGAUUCUACAAUUGGGCCGUCAUAGAUUCUACCAUGGGGCCGUCAUAGAUUCUAACAUAGGGCCAUCAUAGAUUCUACCAUGGGGCCAUCAUAGAUUUUACCGUGGGGCUGUCAUAGAUUCUACCAUGGGGCCGUCAUAGAUUCUACCAUGGGGCCGUCAGAUUCUACCAUGGGGCCGUCAGAUUCUACCAUUGGGCCGUCAGAUUCUACCAUUGGGCCAUCAUAGAUUAUACCAUGGGGCCAUCAUAGAUUCCACCAUGGGGCCGUCAUAGAUUCUAUUAUGGGGCCGUCAUAGAUUCUACCAUGGGGCUAUCUUAGAUUCUACCAUGGGGCCAUCAUAGAUUCUACCAUGGGGCCAUCAUAGAUUCUACCAUGGGGCCGUCAUAGAUUCUACCAUGGGGCCGUCAUAGAUUCUACCAUGGGGCCAUCAUAGAUUCUACCAUGGGGCCGUCAUGGAUUUUAUUAGAGAAACUUUCACCUGUGUUAAAACUAGAUUUGACCGGUUCUCCUUUCUGCUUUGCUAUUAAGCAAUUAUGCAGACCUAUGCCAUAUUUGAGGCAGUGCAUUUAUUUUAAAGAUCAUUUAAUUUGUUAAGCUAUGCAAUAGUCUGCUCAAAGUUGUACAUAAGUUUUAUUUACUCUUCAUUAGAAAAACUUCAUGCCAUGCGUUUAAAAUGUAAAUAGGUUUAUACCGUUAGAGAAUUAUUCUUUUAGCAUCAUGACUUAAUGUUUUGUUUUUCAUGUCAUCUUGUCCAUGUGGAUUAUCUUUGAUACUACACCUAAAUGUACUGUAGAUUCUGUAACCGUGGUUACUGAAAUGUAAAAAUCCUCUUGGAUCCUAAAAUUAGAUUUGUAAAAAAACAGCUAACUUUGAAGCAAUCAGCGUGAUAGUUUUUGCACAGCAGUCCAAAAGGACAGUGGCAUUGGCUUAUGAAAAAGUGGAUAGUCUUGCCCGCUUUUAGCAGUGUAUGGUUAACCUGAAUAUUUUCUCAGCAUCUUGUUUUCUUUGAGCACAUUUGAGUUGUCUCUUCUCCUAAAAGCUUGAUUUUGGUGCUAUCUAUAUGGGGUAAUUACAAGUUUUUGUGAAAUAGUUGCUAAAAAAGAACUUACGUUUUCAUACUGGCAUCGCAGAUGCAGCUAGGUUGUCUGUAAAAGGUUUACCAUAACGACUUGUUAGAAGUGCAAUUGUAUGCAGGUUUACCAUAACGACUUGUUAGAAGUGCAAUUGUAUGCAGGUUUACCGUAAUGACUUGUUAGAAGUGCAAUUGCAUCCAGGUUUACCAUAACGACUUGUUAGAAGUGCAGUUGUUUCCAGGUUUACCAUAACGACUUGUUAGAAGUGCAGUUGCAUCCUGGUUUACCGUAAUGACUUGUUAGAAGUGCAAUUGUAUCCAGGUUUACCGUAAUGACUUGUUAGAAGUGCAGUUGUAUCCAGGUUUAUCAUAACGACUUGUUAGAAGUGCAGUUGUAUCCAGGUUUACCAUAACUACACAUCUUCCUGCAACUUUGGAUUAAAGU